AUGAAUAUUGAAUAUAAUAAUAAUAAUGAAUGUCGAUCAACUGUUCAAAAAACUAUUCCUUUUUUAAUUGAAAGAAUCUCAAUGCACCAUGGACGUCAAUCUCUCGAGUUUAUUAAUAACUAUCAUAGCAUAGAGGGACUCCUUUUCAAAGAAGAAGACGAUCAAUCGAUGUUAAACUUUACAAACACAUUAACCUUUUUAAUCAUUGUGUGUGCUCUACUACAAUACUUUAUCUACAAGAGACAAGCAUCAAAACCAACUAUAUGGUCAGCUGCAAAUGGAGGUAUCACUAGUAAAAAGGGUAGUCUUCUUGCACCUCCACAAGAACAACAAUUUAAACGAUUUCAAACAAUCUAUCUAGUCAUUUAUUUAUUGGCAAUGGCUGCAGAUUGGUUACAAGGACCAUAUGUAUAUGCAUUAUACGAAUCUUAUGGAUUUUUAAAAGCAGAUAUUGCAUUCCUAUUUGUUUCAGGGUUCCUUUCAAGUAUGAUUUUUGGUGUAGUUGUUGGUCCUAUAACUGAUAAAUAUGGAAGAAAAUUUAUGACCAUUAUUUUUGGAAUAUUAUAUUCGAUUAGUUGUUUAACAAAGUUGGUACCAAGUUUUAAUGUUUUGUUGUUUGGUAGAAUUACAGGUGGUAUAUCAACAUCGCUGUUAUUCUCUGUAUUUGAGUCUUGGAUGGUGUCUGAACACAAUCGUCUUGGUUAUCCAGAGGAAUAUUUGGACUCGACUUUUUAUAAAUCCAGUCUUUUCAAUGGUAUUGUUGCGAUUGUUGCCGGUAUAUGGUCAUCAUACUCUGUCGGUGUAUGGGGAUUCGUCUCACCAUUCAUGUGGGCAUUGGCACUGUUGGUUUUGGCAACAGCACUUGUAUUUUUAUUGUGGACUGAAAACUAUGGCGAUUCAAGUGUCUCUCUUGAAGGUACAUUUGCCAACUCUUGGCAAGUACUACGUAGAGAUGGAUCAAUCAUUAAAAUUGGAUUCAUUCAAUCGCUGUUUGAAGCAUCAAUGUAUACAUUUGUAUUCAUGUGGACUCCUACCCUACAAGAAUCAAUCAGAUCAGAGUUGGAUGAAAAUGAUUCCAGCAACACUGUCGAAUUACCAUUUGGUAUCAUUUUUGCAUCAUUUAUGGUUUGCUUUAUGAUUGGAUCAAGUCUUUAUAAAUUAUUUUCGCUUCCAUCCGAGAGAAUAAUUAAAUUUAUUUUCUUGGUUUCAAUUGGAUCUAUGAUUAUUCCUUUUAUUUUUAUUAAUUCAAAAUUAAUUUAUUUAGCAUUUUUAAUAUUUGAAGUUUGUUGUGGAAUGUAUUAUCCAUGUAUGGGAUCGAUUAGAAGUAAGAUAGUACCAGAGUCUGCAAGAGCAUCGAUAUUAAAUUAUUUCCGAGUUCCAUUAAACUUUUUUGUCGUUGCCGUACUUUCCAACAUCUCAAAUAUCUCUACGAUCAACAUUUUCAAAGUCUGUUCACUUUGGCUAUUCAUUGCCUAUCUUUUACAUUCAAGUAUUCCUCCCAACAAAUUUAACCCUUCAAAUAAUAACAGUAACAGUAAUAAUAAUAAUAUUAAUACAGAUGUAUAA